GGCUAAAAGUGUUCAUCUUACUCGGCGACAGCUGGGGCUGAUGGUUUGAAGAAGUACUGAACUUUUAACUUUUGCAUCGCAAGUCUGCUUAGUCAGUAGGAAAAGAUGGGUUUUGUACCCAAAAAGAGAGGAAAAUGGAAAGAAAGAAGCUUUUUUCUACUUGCUUUUAUUGGAUUGUUGUUGUAUCGUAUCAUUUGAUAUCUAUUGUAGCAGCCAAGGAAGAUGGAAGUAAGUAAUGACUUUAUAGAGUGGCUUGGUGCUGAUUUGUCCGUAAAAAUCCUCAUGUUUUUGGAGGACCCUUCUGAUCUUGUUCGUGUUAGUGCUGUCUCCAGUUCUUGGCGCCAAUUCAUGAUUGUGAAUGGAAUAUGCAAGAAACUCUGUUUAAAGAUGUUCCCUGAGAUGUCCACUCUUAGUCGUGCUAUUGAAAUUAGCAACAUGAUCGAACCUGUGGAAUCCAGGACCAAUGAGCCUAUUGAAUGGGCAUGUCUGAAACGGGACCAUAAAGUAUAUGCAUUUUUGGCUCAAGGUCUUGCCUCCUUCCCAAGAAAAGAUUGCUUGUCUGAGGCACUUGGUGCUUCAAGCACUGAUAAUUACGCAGAUGAAAGCAUUCAGAAUACCCUGGAACCAAGUGACAGGAUUGGUCAGAGAGCUUCUUACUGGUCGAGCAAGGGUGAAAUUGAUUCUGCAAUCGCUGAAACAUUAACGUAUAAAUUGAGGGCCAAACUCUGUGUGAUUACUGAAAUCCAUAUUCAACCAUUUCAAGCGUACUUUCAGUUUGGUUCCCCCAUAUAUUCAGCGAAGGCUGUAAGAUUUUUGAUGGGGCAUUCUAUUGCUGGUAUGGAAGCACAAAAGGAGGGAGACGUGUCUUCAGCUGCUCAAGAAUCUUCUCAUGAAAAAUUUGUGUGGACGUACGUUUCACCAGAAUUUCCGAUGGCUCAUGAGAAUUGUUUGCAAAAGUUCAUGCUGCCAGAACCUGUUCUCUGCAUCGGAGGGAUUCUGCAAGUCCAGCUAUUGGGUAGGGUGAAGAAACAAGAAAUAGAUAGUUUGUAUUACAUAUGUGUUUCUCAUGUUGAAGUUGUUGGGCGACCAGCCACACCGGCAUUUGAUGUUGAGAUAUUGGAUCAAUCUGGAAAAUGCAUGUUGAGGCACAAUCCUGAACAGCAUCUUUGUUCAAACAACAGAUCUCCUCAGAGUGAGUCGAGCUGUCCUCCUCGCAUUCACAGGUUUAGUGCAAGUAUAAGAGGUUGGGAGCACAUGAUCCUCAACACAUUACUUGGUGCUAGAGGGAUUAUGGUAAAUGACUACGACUACGACGGCGAGGACGACGAUUCAGAUGACCAGUAUAACUAAGUGCUUCUGCUUCUUGCUACGCUUUCUGGUUUUCUUUUGCUCUGUUCCUGCUGCCCUUCUGUAAGCUCUGAAGCACAAGAUAGAAUGUGUAACAGUCCUCUCCCGUAAGCUCCGAGGCACAAGGGAGAGUCCAGAGACAAUUUACUUUGAAGAUUUGAGCUUCAUUCUGCCAUGAAGAAGACGAGAAGCUUGUUAUCGGAUCCACAUUAUGAACUAUCCAUCUGGUUAAAAACAAAUAAGAAAGCUGCAAAAUUUGCCUCCU